CAGAUCGUCUGGUUUAAGCAGACAAUGGCAGAUGAAUUAUUAGAGGAUUUGCGUCAACGUUGGUGGAAAAUCGCUGACAGUAUGAGUGAUGAAGCAAGAAAUAAUUGGUGGACUAUAAUACAGAAUAAAUAUACUGAAGACUGUAGAAAAUAUCAUAACAUAACACACAUACAUAAAAUGUUCCAGCAUUUUGACAGUUAUCAACAGUUUAUUUCAUCUCCAAAAGCAGUAGCAUAUGCCAUUUUUUUCCAUGAUCUUGAAUAUGAUCCAAAAGCCGGUGAUAAUGAAGAAAAAAGUGCAGAACGUUUUAAACAAUUUUCUAAAGAAGCUACAAUUUCAGAAAAUAGUGAUCUAAUUGCAGAAGUUACUGAAUUAAUACUAUUAACUAAAACUCAUAUUACUGAAGAACACAAAAGCUCUGAUAUAUUUGGAAAAGAAGAUAAACAUUUUUUCCUGGAUUUUGAUGUUAGUAUUCUUGGUAGUGAAAACAAGGAAUAUGAUAUAUAUGCCGAAAACAUUCGACAAGAAUAUUCUUUUCUUCCAGUUACAACCUACAAUAGUUUAAGAGCAAAGGUAUUAAAAUCUUUUCUUCAAAUACCGAACAUUUUUUCGACUCAACAGUUUCGAGAAAUGUAUGAAGAUCAGGCCAAAAGAAACAUACAACGUGAAAUUAAAUUACUUGAAUCCAGAACUUAGAAAAAA